AUGGCCAGCAAGCAAAAGCCGCUGAAGCUUCGACCAGCGAAUGUCUCACUACCAUGGAUGUUUGGCAUAGGACAGAUGUCAUCAGAUGAUGAAGAAGAUGUGAUCAAGGCUUCAUCACCUCCAGCAGGCAAACAAGGAAAUCUAGCUGAAAUUGAUGAAUUCGUUGUUCAUACACCACUUCGCGAUGGACCAAGUGGCUAUUCGCAACCACUAUGGGAACAAAGAAUUGAAGAAACUUUUGUACAAGAAGGGUGGUCGCCAACACGGACAGAUACAGGUCUCGUUGGGACCUCAACUCCCGAUCGCAGCAAUUCAAAUGAACGACGAUUACAUUCCCCAGAGGAUCCAAUAGGCAAUUGGUCUUCACCAAGAAUGCAGUCUCCUGCUAACGGUAGUAAUAGUAAUUCUAGAACAAUGGACAAUGCUAGGUCACCGGCUGAGAACCCAUUCUUGACAAGUGCAAGUAGAAGCAAUGCUGAAACCUAUACGACGAAUAAUACAAGAGAUCCAUUUGCUACUUCAUCACGACUAACUCGUAGUCCUCCACCGCCAUCACGACCUCAGACAGCUAAUGCAACACCGCAAAAGCCGCAACAACCCACACAACAGCAGCCUAUACAACGACCAGCUACUGCACUACCAACAACAACAGCAAAUAGAGUACCAGCUACUGUAACUCAUAUAGAACCUCAACCUCACAUACCGCCCCUCGUUAUAACGGGCAUGACACCAGGAUCUACUAGAUCAGUAUCCCCUAGAGUUCCAGACCAACAAGCAACACCUGUAUCUCCUCAGAAAUCAGUGGCUCAGACAUCGGCGAUACUAGAUAAAAGCAGCAUGCAAAUGUCGUAUGGUGAAAUCAAGGCUGAGAAUGAUCGGAUAUAUGAGGUUCAGUUAUUGAGAGAAGAACUUCGAGCUGCGUUGAAUGAAGCGCGUCGAUGGAGAGAUAUCGCAGAGUCUGCUGGUGCUAGUGCUGCCGCUGCUAGAUCUGAUAGUGUUAGUCGAGAGGCUGUUGAGAACUUGAAGAAUGAGUGCAGCGAAUCACGACAACGUAUUGCAUUUUUGGAGAGCCAGAAUGAAGAUUUGCUGAAUGCAAUAUACGAUUAUCAAAACCGUGAGCAACAGGCACAUUCUCAGUUACGGCAAGUGAUGGAUCGGCUCGACGAAGCAACGCUCAAGGCGGAAGAAGGUCAACAAAGGCUGGCUGAUGAAAAGGCAAAGAACGAGAGAAAUGAAAUCGACUUUCGUCUGUUCUCUCGUAAGCUCAGAGGUCUACAAGACACUAAUGCUGAAUUGCGGCAAGAAGGAGAACAGCUUCGAUCCGAGUUGAGGCGGUUGCAAUAUGAGGCUACUGGUCCACGUCGUUCUCGAGAAGAAGGCGUGUCGCUAAAUGAGAGUCAGCUAGCCUUUGACAAUGAAGCGUUGAAGCUUCUGGUUAUGGACUUGCAGAAAGAGAACGAAUCUCUCAAGCCCGCUUCACAAAGACCAGAUACAGCAACACUACUACCAUCGACGUAUAAUUAUCUGGAUCGGCCACCAUCAGCAUCAGCCGACCGGUAUAGAUCACCUAUAAGGACAGUACCUCCAUCGUCAUUCGACGCCGUUAGAUCACGUCUAACCACUGCACAAUCGAGUAUACAGCCAUCCACUAAUACCAAUGAUCCAAUGUCGUUUGGAUCUCGUCUAGCUCGUUUUGAGCAAGAGUCCGUCUAUAACCCAAUAACGCAUGAUACUACACCGCCUCCUACUAGGCAGAGUAAUGGAAAUCAUGCAACCAGUAAUAAUUGGGCGUCUUCGUCGUUAUCUAAUGCUAGAGAUUGGGGUCGUGCAUCGUGGGCUGGACCUUUACCACUGUCGGGUAAUGGUUUGAGUAAUGGUGGUGGUAGUAAUAAUUCAAGGCCAGCGACAUCUGGUGGACCUAGUUAUCGAGAUUCAGAAAAUCUUGGUGAAAUGGACUUUAUUCAAGUUCGUGACCAGCUGGAUGCUGAGCUGAGAAAAUUGAAUACUCACAAGGCAUCGCUGGAGUAUGAAGCGUCUCGACUUAAAUCUGGUCCUGGAUCUGCUCGAAAAAGGCGAGAAGAUCUUGAUGAUCAAUUGGAGAAUGUACAACGGGAUAUUUCAUCAGUGAGAAUGAAGAUGAGGACUCUCAAAAUCUUGUAA